CCAACAGAGCCUCUCUGUGCUGAAAACAUGAAGAUUAUAGCUGUUGCUGUGCUGUUAGUGACGGUGGGACAGGCGUUUACGAAACCUCUUCCUGAAACAGAGAACUGGUUAUUAGCAGAGCGUUAUCUCAGGCAGUAUUAUGGCAUGCAACCCGGUCUGUUGGGAAAAACCAAAUCUUCAGACGUGAUGACCGAGAAGAUCCGCGCCAUGCAGACAUUCUUCAAUCUGGAGGUGACUGGGAAGCUGGACGACGACACACUAGAGAUUAUGAAGAAGGCCAGAUGUGGUGUGCCAGAAGUAGCAGAGUAUAAUCUCUUCCCCAGGAAGCUCAAAUGGCAAAAAACGCUCGUGACAUUUAGAAUAACAAACUACACUCCUGAUCUGAAGAAGGAGGAUGUGGAUCGAGCGAUUCAUAAUGCCCUGAAGGUCUGGAGCAAUGUAACUCCUCUGAAGUUCAAGAGGCUGCAUGAAGGAAUCGCUGACAUCAUGAUCAGCUUUGGGAGACUAGAACACGGAGAUCACAACCCGUUCGACGGCCCUGAGGGACUCCUCGCCCACGCUUACCCACCGGGAGAAGGCAUCGGCGGAGACACUCACUUUGAUGAGGAUGAAACAUGGACGAAAGACUCACACACCUAUAAUCUGUUUUUAGUUGCGGCUCACGAAUUCGGUCACGCUCUCGGCAUGGCUCAUUCUAAUGAUCCUGGUGCUUUGAUGUACCCGGUUUACUCGUACGCCAGAGGGUUUCCUCUGUCUGGAGAUGACAUCAAAGGCAUACAAGAACUCUAUGGCCCCAACCCGGAUCACGAGAAAUUCAAACCCAAACCCGAAGCUCCAAACAAAUGCGACCCUGAGUUAAGCAUAGAUGCCAUAACGGAGCUUCGUGGAGAGACGCUCGUUUUCAAAGACAGAUAUUUCUGGCGUGUGCACCCACAGUUCACUGAACCUCAGCUCUCGCUUAUUAAAUCCACAUGGCCUCAACUCCCAAAGAAAGUAAACGCGGCUUACGAGAACCCAGAGGCAGACAUCGUCAUCAUAUUCAGUGGUAUCAGAAUGUGGGCACUUAAUGGUUACACCCUGGUGCCAGGCUACCCGAAAUACAUCCACACACUGGGACUCCCUAAAUCCAUUCGCAAAAUAGAUGCUGCGGUUCACAUCCGAGACACGCCCAAGACUCUGUUCUUCACUGAUGAAGACUACUGGAGUUACGAUGAAGCGACUAGGACCAUGGAUCACGGGUACCCCAAGUCCAUAAAAGACGGCUUUCCUGGGAUGCGCGAGAGAGAUGGGGACGAGGUGGACGAAGUGGAUGCUGCCAUCUACAGAAACGGGUACUUGUACUUGUACCACGAGAACCUUCAGUAUGAGUACAGUUACGAGAGACGGAAAGUCGUACGCAUCAUGAGAGCCAACGAACUGCAGUAUUACGGCAUGCAACCCGGUCUGUUGGGAAAAAACAAAUCUUCAGAUGUGAUGACAGAGAAGAUCCGUGCCAUGCAGACAUUCUUCAAUCUGGAGGUGACUGGGAAGCUGGGAAGCUUCUGGCACAGAUGUGGUGUGCCAGAAGUAGCAGAGUAUAAUCUCUUCCCCAGGAAGCUCAAAUGGCAAAACACGCUCGUGACAUUCAGGAUAACAAACUACACUCCUGAUCUGAAGAAGGAGGAUGUGGAUCGAGCGAUUCAUAAUGCCCUGAAGGUCUGGAGCAAUGUAACUCCUCUGAAGUUCAAGAGGCUGCAUGAAGGAAUCGCUGACAUCAUGAUCAGCUUUGGGAGACUAGAACACGGAGAUCACAACCCGUUCGACGGCCCUGAGGGACUCCUCGCCCACGCUUACCCACCGGGAGCAGGCAUCGGCGGAGACACUCACUUUGAUGAGGAUGAAACAUGGACGAAUUCUUUUGCAGCCUAUAAUCUGUUUUUAGUUGCGGCACACGAAUUCGGUCACGCUCUCGGCAUGGCUCAUUCUAAUGAUCCUGGCGCUUUGAUGUACCCGGUUUACUCGUACGCCAGUGGGUUUCCUCUGUCUGAAGAUGACAUCAAAGGCAUACAAGAACUCUAUGGCCCCAACCCGGAUCACGAGAAAUUCAAACCCAAACCCGAAGCUCCAAACAAAUGCGACCCUGAGUUAAACAUAGAUGCCAUAACGGAGCUUCGUGGAGAGACGCUUGUUUUCAAAGACAGAUAUUUCUGGCGUGUGCACCCACAGUUCACUGAACCUCAGCUCUCGCUUAUUAAAUCCACAUGGCCUCAACUCCCAAAGAAAGUAAAUGCGGCUUAUGAGAACCCAGAGGCAGACAUCGUCAUCAUAUUCAGUGGUAUCAGAAUGUGGGCACUUAAUGGUUACACCCUGGUGCCAGGCUACCCGAAAUACAUCCACACACUGGGACUCCCUAAAUCCAUUCGCAAAAUAGAUGCUGCGGUUCACAUCCGAGACACGCCCAAGACUCUGUUCUUCACUGACAAAGACUACUGGAGUUACGAUGAAGCGACUAGGACCAUGGAUCACGGGUACCCCAAGUCCAUAAAAGACGGCUUUCCUGGGAUGCACGAGAGAGAUGGGGACGAGGUGGACGAAGUGGAUGCUGCCAUCUACAGAAACGGCUACUUGUACUUGUACCACGAGAACCUUCAGUAUGAGUACAGUUACGAGAGACGGAAAGUCGUACGCACCAUGAGAGCCAACGAACUGCUCAACUGCUGAGCGCUUAUUGUACGCAGGUCUCAAAACAUUUUCUUUAUUACUUACUUUUUAAAACACUUUAUUAUUUUAUUUUAUUUUAUUUUAUUUAUGAAUUUCUUUCUACUGAGCUGGUUCAGUGAAAAAAAAGCAAGAGUUCUGAUUAUUUAUGCAUGUAUUUAUAGUUUGGUGAAAUUGUACAUAAGGAUAGUGUUCAUAAGGCUACAUAAUACCUAUAUAUAUAAUGCCUUCAGUAAGUUCUCAUAAAGAUUCACUUGUGUUAUGUGUGUGUUGCUAAUCUGACAUCGUAAUUGACAAAAGCGGUACAAUUGACAUGAGUCUAAAUAUAUUUUAUGCCCAAUUAGGAGCUUAUUCCAAUGGCAUAAGGACAUCAUUUCUCAGUUUAGAUGUCACCUAACUUAACUUGACAUGAUAAUUAACAAAGGAAACAUUUCUCAUAUCUGUAUAGAUCUUAUUCUUAUCUUAUUUGGAGGCUUAUGCCAUAAAGUCCUCUUUUGUCACUCAUAAUGUCAUUCAAGUCAUGUUUUAUGACAAUCAAUACAAACCUACAUAGAUCUUAUUGCAUAUAAGGACUUAUUCCAGCAGUUGUGUGGUAUUAUAAAACAUUUUUGGAAAUUUCCAUUAUCCAGAGCGACAUACAUUUUAUUUCAUUUUUUACAACUGAGCAAUUGCAGGUUAAGGGCCUUGAUCAGGGGCCCAGUGGGGGCAGCUUGGUGGACCUGGGGUGUCAAUUUGACACCAAAAGUAAUGUAAACAAAACACUACGAACAGUUAUUAAGGUGUCACUGAGCCUUCUGAACGCUACCUUUAAGUAUAGUUUGACAUAAAGUUUCAUGAGUCUGGAACCAUGUGGAUAAUUCAAAUCUGACAUUGUUUUGUGUUGACUCACGGACAGCAAACAUUUAACGCAUUGUUUUUGGGUACAUUAUAAAACGUAAAAAUAAAUCAAUUCUUACAUCGA